CAAAGCCGCUACGUUUUCCAAGAAUACGUGUUGGAAAUAAGAGACAACCGAUUGUACCUUUAAAAGAAUGGAAAGUAGUGAGGGGGGAUACGUACAGAGAAGACAAUUUUAUAAGGAGAGUAACAAAGAAAAUUGGGAGCGAUCAGAGAUGGUGCUAAUAUUUAAUGGACAAGGGCCAAGAGCUUAAAGCCUCUCGGAAUGAUACUGAUUCUUAUGAGGUAAUGAUUCUUGCUGGGAAAGAUAGAGGAAAGAUUGGAAAGAUCAAUGAAGUGGUUAGAAGCAAGAACUGGGUAUUUGUUGAAGGAUUAAACACGCACAAACGUUACAUCGCCCCACAGAAAGGUUUUGAUGGAGGACUUAUCAACAGUGAAGCACCACUUCGGGUGUCGGAAGUGUCUCUUGUAGAUCCUUCAGAUGGAAAACCCACAGAUAUUACCUAUAGAUUCACAGAGAAGGGUGAAAAGGUUAGAGUAUCAGACCGCACUGGCCGUAUUAUUCCUAAACCACCAUGGGAACGAAGAGAUGUGAAGAACCGAUCAGCUAUAAAAGGUCAGUUACUGAAAGUUACUUCUAGUCCAAUUUCAAUACCGGUAACUCAGGAUUAAAGAGAUCACAGCUAUCUGAUAAAAUUUGUUGUUUUCCCCUGAAUUUUUCAUUAACCAAAAUUAGACUUUUUAAUUAUGUGUGCCAUUUCAUUGUCUAUCAUUGUUUUUGAGAGAGCACUAGUCACCAUGGUUACCUCUUGUGACUGUGGAUCAAAAGGCCUCAAUUUUACCCCUGUGUUGUGCUGGUGGGCUGAAGAAUUUUCUCUCACACAGUCUCUCUCCACUGGGGACAGUGCGAGAGGCCAAGUGUGGUGAGAGAGUGCCAGUAUGGUGACCGAGAGCUAACCGCCUCCGGGUUAGCUCAAUUGGUUGAGCGCCAGACUGUUGUGUUUGAGGUCGAGGGUUCAAGUCCCAGC